AUGGCGACUUCGCUGGCCACGCUCUCCGCGCGCGUGACGGGCUUCGACUACACGUCCUUCCACGCGUACACGACCGUGGUGACGCUGGACGGCGCGUCCUGGACGGUGGGCAUCCGCUACAGCAAGUACCUGGCCUUCUACGACAAGCUGCGCUCCGCCGAGCGCGGCUUCAAGUUCGACUUCCCGCCCAAGGGCGGCUUCUUCUUCUCGCCCAAGCCCGAGGAGCGCCAGCCGCGCCUGGACGCCUUCCUGCAGGCCGUGCUCAAGUUCUACCAGCAGAAGAAGCGCCCCGAGACGGUGGCCAAGCUGCUGCGCGAGUACCUAGAGGUGGACAAGCGCUUCAAGGAGGCCAAGAAGCAGCAGCAGCUCAAGCAGAAGAAGGACGAGGAGCAGGAGCAGACGGCCAGCGACGAGAGCGCCAGUGAGGAGCCCGCGCAGGAGCCCGAGCCCAAGGCCGAGGAGAAGAAGACCAAGCUCUCGGACAAGGCCCAGGACGGCAAGAAGGCCCUCGUGAACGCCGCGUUCGGCGCCGCCGUGGUGUCCGCCAUCAAGGACAACGCCAUGGACGCCAAGAAGGCCCCCGUCGCUGAGGAGAAGAAGGAGGCCAAGGUUGAAGAGAAGAAGGUGGAGGAAGUGAAGGUUGAGACCAAGGUGGAGCAGAAAAAGGAGGAGAAGGUUGAAGAGGCCAAGGUCGAGAAGGUUGAGGAGGUGAAGGUCGAGGAGGAGAAGGAGGUGAAGGUCGAGGAGGAGAAGGAGGAGAAGGUUGAGGAGAAGAAGGAGGAGACGAAGGUCGAGGAGAUCAAGGAGGAGGCCAAGCCGGCCACUACGACGACCACGACGACUACGACGACGGGCGGCUCGACGGUUGUCGAGACGAAUGUGACGAGCCAGCCGACGGCGAACAAGACGGUGGUGGGCAAGACGGUGACGAUCACGAGCAAGGGCGACGACUCGCACUCGUUCAAGGUGGAGAUGACGGAGAAGAACGCUUCGGUGGUGACGCUCACGACUGCGGCCAAGCAGAUGGAGGAGGCGGCGACGGAGAAGAAGCCCAAGAAGAAGAAGCGCAGCAAGAGCAGGAAGUCCAUCUCGCAGGCCCCGGUCUCGACGGCGUCGACGUCGAGCGACGGCUUCGAGUCGCCCGAUGGCGUGGACGACGUGGGCCGCGUGCAGCGGCUGUCGGAGUCGCAGAAGAAGGCGCGUAACCAGCGCCGCAAGGAGAAGCGGAAGAAGAACCAAAAGAAGGUCCGUGCCAAGGACCUGCAGGCGUAAAGCGGCCCUGCCACCAGCACCGCGCGCGUUCUGCAUACGUGCGCGAGUGC